GCUGGACUCCGGCAGGCUCGGCUCAAGAGACUCCUUCCUUCCAGCGCGGUUCCUGAGGACCUGGCGGUGCUAGGAGUUUUAACUGAUCUAGCCAGCUGGCAACCAUGAAUGAAUGGAUGAAGAAAGGCCCCUUAGAAUGGCAAGAUUACACUUACAAAGAAGUCAGAGUGACAGCCAGUGAGAAGGAGUAUAAAGGAUGGGUUUUAACCAUAGACCCAGUCUCUGCCAAUAUUGUCCUUGUGAACUUCCUUGAAGAUGGCAGCAUGUCUGUGACCGGAAUUAUGGGACAUGCUGUGCAGACUGUUGAAAUUGUGAAUGAAGGGGACCAUAGCGUGAGAGAGAAGCUGAUGCAUUUGUUCAUGUCUGGAGACUGUGAGGCGUACAGCCCUGAGGAUCUGGAAGAGAGAAAGAACAGCCUGAAGAAAUGGCUGGAGAAGAACCACAUCCCCAUCACUGAAGAGGGAGAUUCACGAAGGACUCUCUGUGUGGCUGGGGUCUUGACUAUAGACCCACCAUAUGGUCCAGAAAAUUGCAACAGUUCUAAUGAAAUUAUUUUGUCCCGUGUUCAGGAUCUUAUUCAAGGACACCUUGCAGCUUCCCAAUGAGAGGCCAAGAACUAUGGAUGCACUGAUUGAAAUGAGACUUCAUUUUUUGAAAAUUCUUUGUGGUUUUUGGUAAAACCAAAGAUGGGGAUUAUCAGUGCUAAUAAGUGAACUGGGCAAGGAUGACAUCACAAACAAAUAAAAUUAACAUAGGGACAUCAUAAUUAUAAGAGCCUUUCCUUUUUUUUUUUUUUUUUUUUUUUUGCGGUACGCGGGCCUCUCACUGUUGUGGCCUCUCCCAUUGCGGAGCACAGGCUCCGGACGCGCAGGCCCAGCGGCCAUGGCUCACGGGCCCAGCCGCUCUGCGGCAUGUGGGAUCUUCCCAGACCGGGGCACGAACCCGUGUUCCUUGCAUUGGCAGGCGGACUCUCAACCACUGCGCCACUAGGGAAGCCCGAGCCUUUCCUUUUGAUGGAGAUACACCUCCAUUUCUGUUAGGCAAGAAAUGUAUGUGAAAAAAAUGCAACAUGUUAGAUUCAAUAUAAAAUGAUAAGGUAAAAUCACAGUCUUGUUACAUCCCUUGCACUAACUAGAUGUGUCUGU